GGCGCUUCGGCCUUUUCCCCCCUUUACUCUUCUUCCCUUAUCAAGGAAAACCCUAAACGCUCCACCCGCCCUCUCCGGAACCCUAGCUUCGGAUCGACGUCGGAGGAGGAGGAGGAGGAGAUGGCGAACCGGACGGAUCCGGCGGCGAAGAGCAUCCACGGGACGAACCCGCAGAACCUGGUGGAGAAGAUCCUGCGGUCGAAGAUUUACCAGAACACCUAUUGGAAGGAGCAGUGCUUCGGUCUCACCGCGGAGACGCUGGUGGACAAGGCCAUGGAGCUCGACCAUCUUGGCGGCACCUACGGCGGCAACCGCAAGCCCACCCCCUUCAUGUGCCUCGUCAUGAAGAUGCUCCAGAUCCAGCCCGAGAAAGACAUCGUCGUCGAGUUCAUCAAGAACGAAGACUACAAGUAUGUUCGAGUUCUCGGGGCUUUUUACAUGCGUCUCACCGGGUCGGUCACCGAUGUGUAUCAGUAUCUGGAGCCGCUCUACAACGAUUACCGCAAGCUUCGCCGGAAGCUACCUGAUGGAAAGUUUUGCUUGACUCAUGUGGAUGAACUCAUUGACGAGCUCCUCACAAGAGAUUACUCCUGUGAUGUUGCUCUUCCACGGGUUCAGAAGAGGUGGACUCUUGAAGCUUCUGGGAUAUUAGAACCCAGAAGAAGUGCUUUAGAAGAAGAUUUUGAAGAGGAAGAAGAAAAAGAAGAGGAUGAGCAAGCUAUGGAUGCCUAUGAAGCUGACACUCAUGAAAAGGAUUAUUAUCAUGGACGAAGUCCCACUAGGGAAAGAGAUAGGGACAGAAAGCGGGACAGCUAUCGAUAUCACAGGGACAGAGACUAUGAUCGAGACUAUGGAAGAGGACGCGAAAGAGAUCGAGAUCGGGAUAGAGAACGUGAUAGAGAUAGAGAUAGAGAAAGAGAUAGGGACAGAGAUAGAGACCGCCAUCGUGCUAGAGAUGAGAAAGAUUAUGGUCGAGAGAGGGAACGAGAAAGGGAUAGGGAUGGUAGAGAGCGGGAGAGAAGAGACCGAGACCGUGGACGGCGUAGGAGUCGUUCAAGGAGCAGGAGUAGAGAUCGCCGUGAACGAGACCGUGAAGAUGGUGAUUACCGUAAGAGGCGUGCUCGUGGCAGUGUAAGCCCUCGGAGGCGGCCUGAGGAGGAUGGUGGUGCUCGGGAGGAGCCCAGGAGGAAGAAGGAAAAGAAAGAGAAAAAGAGUGAUGGAACUGAUCACCCAGAUCCAGAGAUUGCAGAGGCUAACAGACUUCGUGCCUCGCUUGGACUGGCACCCCUGAAGCUGUGAGCAAAUUAGCAUUGCGUACAAUCUUGUGGAGAAUGACUCGAGUGUUUUAACAGCACAACUGCACGAUGGUUUCCUCCUCUUUAGAUUAAAAAUAUAGCGAGAAGAAGAAGAAAAAAAAGAGGAAUUGUAUGCUGCUUUGAUGUAAUGAAAUCUGGUUUGAUUUUCCUGUGGUUCUCAUCUCGGCUCA